UUUUCAGCUGAAAUCCACCAAAAACCUGAAGUGAAACUUCUUUAGCGAGUUUCUCAUGUAACUUCUGGAGCGCUAAACCACAUCAUCAGUGGUCACAUAUACAGAUCUGUGUUAUGAAGGGCAGCCAGUCAGCAGCACUGAUUUUUUCCAUGUUACACAUCUGCAGCCCACCUUUAGGUCCUGACCUGCAGGUUGAGAACCUCUGAUUUAAAGGUUUAUCUGUGUAAAAUGUACCAGCUGAACCUUGUGACCAACAAGAACAGUCCUUUAAGAAGAUCAAGCACUAGAUCUUCACAUUUUAACUGAUUUCAAACACUUGAGCUGAUUUGUUCCUGGCUCAGCUGGUACAGCAUGUGCUGUAUAAAAGACAUCUGUGGAAAUAAAGGGGUUAAACAAGCUUCAAAACAACAUAUAGAGGAUGAAAACAGAAUAAACACAACACAGCUGCAUCUAAACAUCACUAACACACCAGGCUAUUAUGGUGAACACUGAAGGGUGUUUGAUUUAAGAUCAUAUUUGUGCUGUGUGCAGGAUGAGGUACCGAGGUACAGGGACAAACACUGUUAGUCUGUCCUGGAGUUAAAGGUGAAUUUGGGGAUUAUUUACAGCUGAGGUGUGUUGGACUGCAGUUUAAGGAUGAUGGGAUGGUUGAGUUAGCAGCCUGAGAUUGACUACUGUUAGUUUAGGCGUAAUCUGUUACAGGAAACCUUUCAUUUAAACAACUGAAAAUACCCAGCUUUUAAGUUUGAACUCUGUAGUUCCCAACCUGGCAUGGCUUUGUCUGCUCUGAGGCUGCCAAAAUCAGUUUUGCAAAUAUUGACUAAAACCACGAUAAAGCAGUUAUUGAGUUGGUUAUACAAUUGUCUUUUGAUAAGAAAAGCAUGCAUAGGCCUUUUUUAUGGUUUUAUCAGUGAAACAAAUAAGAUCUAUGUUGAUUUUUGGCAGCAGUGUGUCAUUUUUUCUUCUCUCUUGGGUCCUGGAGGGGCUCUGCUUUUCUUUGGUACAUGUAGGGGGGCUUCAAGGAAAAAUGGUUGGGAAACGCUGAACUAGAGCACAUGAAGUCUAAUCACCAGAGACACUGCACAUUUCUAUUUCAUCAAAAUUUGUAAAAUAGGCUAAAUCGUUGUUAAACUGUUAUGAAUUUUUUCCUGAAGUCAGUUAGAAAAGUCUGAUUAUUGUGUUAGUUUUUCUAAAGUAAGACUUUCAGAAUGCAUGUAAAUGUGCAAGGAAGCAGCAGCUCUAUUCCAGGCUCCCCCAGAAGGUCUGAGUUUGAAAAGCUGGAAAUUUAUAAGAAAAAACUUCAAAUUUCCAUGUUUAAAAAAUCUAAGAUUUUGACACUAGUAACUCAAAAAUGUCAAGUUUUUAAAAUCAUAAAUUUCCAAUAGUAUAAAAUAAGAAAUACAAGAACUUUUUCAGGGACUUCCCUACUUAUUUAAGUGAGACAAUGCUAAGAAACAUUCUGCACGAGUUACAACAGCAUGGCUUCACUAUGAAAGGGGCCUAGACUGACCUGCAUACAGUACAGAUCUAUCUCUAUUAAAUAGAGCAUUCUGGAGCAUGGUAAACAUACUCCAUCCCAACUUUUUUAGAAUAUGUUGCAGCACCAAAUUCAUAACGUUCUUAUAUUAAAGAAACAAUGAAGGUUAACAGUUUGGACUUUAGAUGUAUUUUCUUUUUUGUUUUCAUUGCACACUGUCCCAGUUUUUUUGGUGUUGGGGUUUAUAUUUCAUAGAAAGUGUGUCGUUGUUACUGUUGAUGUUGUUGUUUACGUCCACAGCUGUGCUGCUGAUGUCAUCAUGGUGUGUUCAGGGCUUGCGUGUAGAUGUGAUUCCCAGGCGACCUCUGCUGAAGCUGGGGGAGCGAGGCCAGCUGGUGUGUCAGGUUCAUGACUGUCCCACGGUGCCAAUUGUGACCUGGUUACUGCUGGGGGACCGCCCUCUCACCGCCGCCGUCAGCACCAACAGGACGCACUCUGUGGUGACCUUUAACCCCGUGAGGAUGGAGCACGAGGGGGCGCUGUUGUGCAAAGUGGACUGUGGAAGAGAGAACAAGCAGAAUAAAACCUCCGUCAGAGUUUACGCUUUCCCAUCAGUCCCUGUGAUCAGAGGCCAGGACCGCCUGAGGCUAGGGGCGGAGUCUAGCCUUACCUGCCAGGUGUCUAAUGUCUACCCCCCUGAGCUCCUGACCCUCACCUUGCUCAGAGGAGAUGCCAUCCUGCAAAGCAUCGUGGGAGAUCCAGGAUCCAACGUGGUGCUGUCUGAGUAUAGCUUUGUCCCCCAGGGCCAGGAUGCAGGUGAGACCAUCACCUGCAGGGCCACCCUGGACCUUAAGGACCUGCCCCUCGCUGACCAGACCAGAGAGACCACCACCAACCUCAGCCUGCUCUAUGCUCCUGUUGUCACGGUGACCACAGGACCUGUGCAGGUGAUGUCUGGCUCUCGGGUCACUCUGGACUGCUCUGCUGAGGGAAACCCCACCCCCUCACUCACCUGGACUCUUAGGACACAUGAGGGGGGCUCAGAGGUUAAAGGUCAAGACAGUCAGCUGGUCCUGGACCCUGUGAGUUUGUCUGAGUCUGGAUGGUAUGACUGUGAGGCCCAGAACUCAGAGGGGAACCAGACUGCCACAGUGGAGGUCAAAGUUCACGCCCCGCCCAUCAACACCUCCCUCUCAGUGAGUCCAGGUGAGGAGGUGGUGGAGGGUCAACAGGUGACCUUUACCUGCCGCUCAGAGGGAGCUCCGCCUCCUACGCUGGUUCUGAGAAGAGAAGGCGUGGAUCUCCUAAGGACUGACUCCGCCUCUUCCUCGCUGUCCUUCAACGUAUCCUCCACUCAGCAGGAAGACUCCGCCCUCUACCAGUGUGAAGCGUCCAAUCAGUACGGAUCUCAGCUGGUCAGCACCUCGCUAACCGUCAGAGCUCACCGUCUGCAGGUUGAAGUGAGUCCUCUGUUUUCUGCAGCAGAGAGGGGUUCAAGUCUGAACCUGACCUGCAGAGCCUCUGAAUGUCCCCACCCCCCUGCCCUCACCUGGAGGAGGAUAGACGGGGCAGGGGCGGUCCUCCAGAGGACGCAGCAGGAGGACGGACUGUCCCUGCUCCACCUGCAGGACCUGGACCUCCAGGAUCAGGGAGAAUACACGUGUGAGGCCGAGUGUGACUCUGUGACCAGGACGGCAGAUACAGACGUCCAGAUUUACGCGUUUCCGUCUGAUCUGGUCCUAAAGGAUCCUGGUCCCAUCCUGCUGGGUCAGGAGGCGGUCCUUAUCUGUGAUGUCAUGGACGUCUUCUCAGCCAAUCAGAUGAGGAUCCAGUGGUUGUUUGAGAACGAGACUCUGAGGUCAGAGUUGUUCACGUUCUCCGGUUCCUUGCAGAACGUCUCGUCUGUUCUUCAACGCCAGGUCACAGAGGAAGAGCAGGUUCUGACCUGCAGGGCGGAGCUACUGACAGAGGGCGGGGAGGAGUGGAUGUCCAGGAACGCCAGUAUCCACCUGCAGGUCCACUACGCUCCGAGGAGAACGUUCCUCUCCUUGAGUCCAGCUGGUGAGGUGGUCGAGGGCCAACAGGUGACGUUUACCUGCAGCUCUGAGGGAGCUCCGCCUCCAACACUGGUGCUAAGAAAAGACGGGGUGGAGGUCCAGAGGGCUGACUCCGCCUUCCCAUCACUAUCCUUUAAUGUCUCUUCGGCCCAGCUUGAAGACUCCGCCCACUACCAGUGUGAAGCAUCCAAUCAGCAUGGGUCUCAGCUGGUCGGCAGCUCACUCACUGUCAGAGCUCCUCCCAGGAACACUACGGUCCUCAUCCUGCCGUCUACGGUGGUCCAGGAGGGACAAAACGUCACCGUCUGCUGCCAGACCGUCAGCUUCCCUCCUUCAGCCGUCAUCCUAAAGAAGCUGACCAAUGGGACGGAGCUUUACUCCAACAACGGCACCUUCCUGUUGGUCAACGUCACGGCCAGAGACUCGGGGGUUUACCAAGUCAACGUGACCAACGACCUGGGCUACCAGGUCAAAGUGUUCAGCAUCAGCGUCACAGAGAGAAGAUCCAUCGUUCCUCCCAGAAUCAGUGACAUCAUCAUCCCCGUCCUCUGCACAGCGGCGGGGCUAGCAGCCACCGCUCUGCUGCUCGACUACCUGAGGAGGUCAAGGAAGAAGGGUUUCUAUCAGCUGCCCCAGUCCGCUCCACCCUCAGCCUGAGGCUAAGGCCGGCCCACUACCACCAACAUGUGGCUUCAAUAUCUCAACGCGUGCCAUCAGGAGGCUUCCAUGUCUGAAAAUACGGCCACAACAUCCCAACGCAGGACACUUCCAUCUUCAUGUGUGGCUACCGUGCCCUUGUUUUCAUUUACAUGUCGAUUCCACCUCCAUCUAUGAACGCUUCCAGACUUUUGGCUGCUAAUUUGCAACGUGUGACAAUCUUAAUCAAGGUUUUUAAAACAUCAAUACUGCAUUUUAAAAUGAUACUGUCUGUUAUUAAUGAACGAUAGUAUCAGAAGUACUGACACUUUAGUAAAAACUGCAUGUAUUAAUGAGACGGAUGAGUAGGGGAGGAAUAAGUCUUUUAAAGUCGUGCACAAACUCCUGCACAUGGGUCUGAAUCGCACAAAGAUUUUCAGCAUUUCCACACAGAAGCAUUGAUUUUUACUAGAAUCAUAUCAAAGUUUUAGAUUCUGAUAUCAUAAAAACUCUGAUUUUAAUAUCUACUGAACAUGUGGCUUUGACUCUCAAACAUGUGACAACUGAGUGUGACUAAAACAUCCCAAACUCUGGGCUUUAAUAUCACAAAACAGGACAAUCUUACCCCUACAUGUGGCUAAAAUGCUCUGACAUUCAGCGUGCUUUCACACCCAGAUCAUGUGGAGAGGAUGUUCCAGAAUGAGAGGGUGAUCCCUCUUCAGACCCGUUCAUUAGGACCCAUGCAAACAUGACAAUCAUGCUGUUUCAGAGCAAAACAAGUCCAUCUGAGUUUAAGAUGCUCACAGGAAAACUUAGCUUACCUCAGCUGCAGAUAUUUAACUCAUUACAAACCAUUUAAGCCCUAUUUAAGACGUCUAUCUGGGCCUUCAAACUUUCUAAAACAGCUCUAUGAAUUAAAAGAUGUAUAUCAUGUCUUUCCAUGAGUAAUGGUAUGCAAACAUGCAGCCUUGAUAAACAGGGUACAUGCCUAUUACAGACCUUAAUGGUGAUAAUAAGAUAUUUUAGAUCAUACAUGAAACUAAAACACUCUGAGAGCUUUAUAACCAUAAACUGUCAACCUUGUUUCACAAAUAAGAAAAUAUAUAUUUAAAAAAAUAGCACUGCUGAUCAAUGAUUUUGACAUUUUUAAAGUUUAAAAGAUCAUUUUAAGGCUCACAAUCUGAGA